AUGAGUGUCGUUUCGGGAACUAAACCAAACAAAGCUGCAAGUGUGGUUAGCUCCCACCGUAAUGGAACACUUAUUGAUAAUUCAAAAUCGACCGCUGUCCCUGGCAGUAACUCAACCCUUUCCAAGUCGCGUGCAACACCAUUUAAUGCUCUCACUAUUCCAUCAUCAGUAACCAAAGGCAAGAUUCUUGGAGAUCAAGAAAUGACAGAGGAAGAGCUUGAACACUUGGCAGAUGUUUGUAGGCGUUCUGAGAUGCUUCAACGAAAGGAAGAUGAACGAAUCAAGUAA